AGAUUAGCCCUGCGAUACCAAAUUAAAGCUCAUAAUGUUUUUAACAUCUCAAAUUACACAAAUAAAACAUUGUGCCUUUAAAAAAAACUAGAGUUAUAGCCACUGAGGAUCAACACGGACUCAACUUCAGACUCUCUUAACAGAAGUCAAACAUAAUGAGCUUUAACAAACUGGAACUUCUUUUGUUGUUACCUCUGAACUGCUGUCCGAAGGGUUAAAGUCUUUCCUCCUGGGGCUCUGAGGGCCAUGGCCACGGGGUAUAAAUUUGUAUCUGGGGUAAAAAGAGAGGGAGGGGGGUGUAUUUUGGGUCUGAGGUGUGUGUGUGUGUGUGUGUGAGUGUGUGUUGGAGGUGGCAGUGGUAACCACCUGUCUCAUGUGUCAGUGUACAAGCGGAGCCCUGAGGCAGCUGCUCUCUGCAGGUUUGAUGCCCCGUUCAGAGCCCCGUUGCUUGCGCUGAAAAUGACCCUGCCUCUCCGCCGUGCAGGAAUGGCCUCUACUGGGAACCUUUCAGAAGAGCAGGUGCACUGCUCCAUAUGUCUGGACGUCUUCACCAACCCUGUAUCCAUCCCCUGUGGACACAACUUCUGCCAGAGCUGCAUCCUGGGAUACUGGAAAACCAGCCCUUUGUACCAGUGUCCUAUGUGUAAGAAGUCUUUCUACAAAAGGCCUGAUAUUAGCGUUAACACGGUCCUGAGGGAGAUCGCAGAGCAGUUCAAGGAGAUCAGGGUUAGAAGUGCGGAGGAAAAGGUGAGCAAGGACAAGGAAGUCGAGGGAGAAAGGAAGUGGAUGAUGGAGAGAAAGAAAAAGGAAGAUGAGGAGAGGCUUUUGGAGAAAGAUCAGAUGCAGCAGGUGCUGGAGGAGCUGAAGCAGAAGCAGGAGCAGGAGAAGAGUAAGAAAGCAGAGAAAAUGCCAUCACAAGAGGAGUUACCACCGCUGAUCCCCCCUGUGCCACCACCCAGAACCUCUCCUCCACGAUCACCCAAAGUCACAGCUCAGGGUCCGCCACCGCCUCCUCUGCCCCAGACAUCACCUCCACCCUCGCCUCAAAUCGCUGCUUCUCCAACACCUCAAACUCCACCUCCACCUCCCUCCUCUUCCCUCCCACCUCUUCUGUGGGAGGAAGUCCUCUGUGAUGUCUGCCUGGGUGACGGCAGGCCAAAAGCAGUCAAAUCCUGCCUCGUGUGUUUGACUUCCUACUGUGAGGAGCACCUGAACUCUCACUCGUCCAGGUUCACCAAGCACAAGCUGAUGGAGCCCGUUGCCAAUAUGGAGGACAGGAUGUGUCCGAAGCACCAACGGCUUCUGGAGCUGUUUUGUAAGAAGGAUCAGACCUGUGUGUGCGUGCUCUGCACCGAGACGGACCACAGGGCGCACUACACCGUCCCUGUGGAGAGGGAGUGGACAGAGAAAAAGGCGCAGCUGAAGCGGACAGAAAUAGACGUCCAGCAGAUGAUCCAGGACAGAGUGCAGAAGGUGGAGGAGAUCAAACACUCGGUGCAACAAAACAAAGCCAGCGCUCAGAGAGAGGUGGAGGAAAGUGUGCAGGUCUUCUCAGAGCUGGUGCGCUCCAUCCAGAAGACUCAGAGCGAGCUGGUUUUGGCCAUUGAGGAGAAGCAGAGGCAGACAGAGAGGUGGGCUGGAGGCCUCAUCGCUGAACUGGAGCAGGAAAUCGCCGAGCUGAAGAGGAGGAAUACAGAUUUAGAAAACGUGGCUCGGACCGACCAUAUUCACUUCUUAAAGAGCUUCCCAGCCCUCAGCACUGCUCCCUCUGUCAAAGACUGGUCUGAGACCAGUGUUCCCACUGACAUGUGUGUAGGCAUGAUCAGGAGAGCCGUGUCCAAACUGGAGGCAACGUUGAAUGAAAUGAUCGAAAAACUGUCUGAAAGUGAGAUCAAGAAGAUUGCGAAAUAUACAGUGGACGUCACUCUGGACCCUGACACAGCCAACCCGUGGUUGCAGCUUUCUCAGGACAGACGUCAGGUGAGACACCUGGGUGCAUGGCAGGACCUCCCAGACCAUCCUGAACGCUUCGACACAGUGGUCAUCGUUCUGGGCAGCGAGGGCUUCACCUCAGGGAGACAUUACUGGGAAGUUCAGGUGGGGGACAAGGACGACUGGUACAUGGGUGUGGCCAGGUCUUCCGUCAACAGAAAGGGCAGGAUCUCUGUAAGCACCACCCAGGGAUACUGGGCUCUUGCCAUGAAGAAAGGCCAAGGGUACAGGGUGUCAACAUCUCCGCCAAUAGCUCUGACCCUCAACCCCAAGCCCAAGCGAGUGGGUGUGUACGUGGACUACGAGGAGGGGCAAGUGUCCUUUUAUGAUUUGAGAGCUUGGACUCAUAUUUACACAUUCAAAGAUAAGUUCAUGGAGAAGAUCUUACCCUUUUUCUACCUGUACUGCUGCGACAAAGCUUCUGAUACCCUCGUGAUUUGUCCUGUGAAUGAAAAAACUGUGAUCAAGCAAAGCUAAGGACAAAGUUUGACAGUAAAAACACUGAAGGUGAAAACUGACUGUGUUUUGUUGUAGCCAAACCUGUUUGGAUGAAAUUUUCUGUUUUAUGUUUUGUGUAUGUUCAUUAGAUGUAUAAAUCAGUUCAACAAAUUAAUUUGUGCACAUUACGUAUUCAUGUCAGAUCAUGGAGGUUCCACAAAGCCUUAAAAGGGAUAGUUCAACAUUUCAGGAAAUAUGUAUAUUCACUUUCUUUCUGAGGGUUGAGCCUUGUUGCCAUCAAGACAUCUGGUUCAGUUUUUGUUUGUUACACAUUAAAACAGUUAUUUUUUUGCAUUUCCGUUGUCUAAAGUUGGGGAUGGUACCGAUAGAACCAUUCCAUUCUGAGCCAAGGAAGAGGGAAUACAGUAAGAGCUUGAUGGAGCAGGGACAUGGCCAUUGCUGUUUACUAACAAGUACUGUCUGUGGUGGUAAUGCAACAGAUCUAUGUUUACAUGUCUGUAAGGAUUAUGUAUGGUUCUUAUGUUGUGUUCAACACAAUGAAUUUUCACAUCCCAUUAUUAGCACAAGUUUGAAUGCUAAAAUAUUUUAUGUUCAAAUCAUAUGUGCAUGAAAUCGCUGAAUCGAUGAAUGAAAUUCCUCUGGUACAUCCCCGACGGAAUAUAUCCUUGGAGGAUCUCAAUGCUGAUUGACUAUCGCAGUGCAAAUCGGUUGCCAAAGUUCCGACUUUUUAGUUCUCGCAAAUAAGCACAUGACGCAAAUAAGCACAUGACACAAAAUCGUACUACUUGCUUCAUUCCUGCAGCUUAAUUCGCUUUGGGUCCAUCACGUCCAUUGCGCUGCCCAGUGGGAAUUUGCGUCUAAUCAUGUCUGUACAUUGACCUGUCAUUUACGUAAUUCACUCAUGCAAAUUUUUUUUUGCACCAGGUGUGAACACAACAUGAAGGUCCUUUAUGUGAUGUGUGUGGUAGAAUUGCAGUUUUAGAUAAUCAUUACCACUCUCAUAGCUGUAAACUAAAUCUAAAACUGGAGCUAGUAGGCAGUUAGCUUAGCUUAGCAUUAAUGGGGGUGUUAUGUUCAAGGAUAUUUCUUCAUGUUUUGUAUGGAUUAAACAAACAUGAUUUGACGUGAUAACUACAUAGACUGUAUAAAAUAAUGGACGUAACUAGCAUGACAUCAGCCCUUGGUUUGUGGACUGCUGUUUUGAAGCCUCAAUUUCGGCAUUUUGGCUGUUGCCAUUUUAGUUUUUUUGUAGCCUGAGGUGACCAUAUUUGAACGAGAGGGCGUAGCCGUGGAGGAGCAAGGGAUGGAUCUGACUCAUCUGAUUUGAUUGGUAGCAAUGCCUCGCAGACAGCCUGUCACUCAAAGUGGCCUCACCCUUAAUCACACAUAACUUUAAGUCUUAAUAAAAUGUAAACAGGGGAGUUAUGUAUAAAUUCUUCCCCCCUGCACAGUUGUCAUGAAUGAUCAACCCGGUCUUACACCAAAGUCGUCAAAAAACGCCACUUAGUCAGUGGCUUCUGCCAUCAGACAGUGAUGAGAAAGGCAGUUCUUUCACAUCAGCAUGAUAUGUAGCUGUUACCUGUUGUUUAACGGCACUCGGUGGCAUCAGGAAGAAAGGCAGCGGGACAACAACAAAAGGGUUUCUGUUUUUUUGUUGCCUAAAGUAAACCAUGUGCAGUUGUUGGCAAAACCUAACCAUAUGGGUUUGUUGUUGAAGGGGAAAAAAAUGUUAAUUCGCAAUGUUGUACCGACGUAGUGCCUUUAUUUUGAAAGAGACUGUAUGUACAUUUCCUGUGACAACAGAAAUGUAUUUUAAAAACAGAUGAUGCAUGUAACAGGCAGAACUUGACACGGCAUCCCAAAACAUCGACAACCAACGCACCCAGGGUACCUUACACGUCAUAUGUGGACGUGAAAAUUCCCUAACCAAACAUUAGUAUGUGACGAGUUCGGAGUGAGAAUGUGUUGGAAUGUUGAAUAGGCCAAAACUUUUUUCUUUUUUUUGCACCAGGCUGUAAACAUGUUCUGCUUUAAAGCUGGGCAUUUUAACACACUAUGGGGAUUGACUCACUCGCCUGUCUCAAGUGGCCAUUAGAGGAACUGCAGUUUUUAUCAUGUCCACGUUAGCUUCACUUUUCUGCACUGGAGAAUGCCACAUAAUUCAUGAACUGUAGAGUUGCUAGUGGAUGGAUUUACAACUGGACAGAGCCCGGCUUGCAGUUUCUUCCUGUUUCCGGUCUUCAUUUCAAGCUAAAAAUAUUUACCAUACCGACACAACAGUGGUUUUAAUAUUCUCAUGUAACUCUCAGCAAGAAAGUGAACAAGCAUAUUUCCUAAAAUAAACUAGUCCUCUUAAUGCAUGACUUUGAAAACAUCAAAACAAAGUGUAGUUUCUAUUUCCCUGAUUUCAUGAUUGCAUGUUGAUUUUUAAUAAAGUGUGAUUGAUGCUGUAAAGGUUGUAUGCUGAGGAGAAGUGUGUUCAUGAUUCAUGACAAUAAAUGUUCUCUCAAACAUUCCCAAAGGUCACUAUUUCUGGCUACAUGGACUUUUG